AAAGCACUCGCAGGUGAGAAAAGAAAGCGUUUGCCACUGACCUGGGCUUCUGGGCUCUUCUUUGCCGGGAAGCCUUUUGACGUUAAUCAGAAAUACCUCUGGAGGAUUCAAGAAGCCGUGGAGGUGAAGUAAGUCUGUGAGGCACCGGCAUGGGAAUCCUAUACUCUGAGCCCAUCUGCCAGGCAGCCUACCAGAAUGACUUUGGUCAAGUGUGGAGGUGGGUGAGGGAGGACAGAAACUACAUCAACGUUCAGGAUGGCUUUAAUGGAGACACCCCCCUGAUCUGUGCCUGCCGGCGAGGGCACCUGAGAAUCGUGUCCUUCCUUUUGAAACGAAAUGCUGAUGUGAACCUAAAAAACCAGAAAGAAAGAACCUGCUUGCAUUAUGCUGUGAAGAAAAAAUUUACCUUCUUUGACUACCUGCUCAUUGUUCUCUUAAUGCCUGUCCUGCUCAUUGGUUAUUUCCUCAUGAUAUCAAAGACAAAGCAGAACGAGACUCUCGUCCGAAUGCUACUUGAUGCUGGCGUGGAAGUUAAUGCUGCCGACAGUUAUGGCUACACUGCAUUGCAUUAUGCCUGUGAAAUGAAAAACCAGAGUCUUAUUCCGCUGCUCCUGGCAGCCCAUGCAGACCCCAUGAAAAGAAACAAGGGUGGUGAGAGUUCCCUGGAUAUUGCACGAAGAUUAAAAUUUUCCCAGAUUGAAUUAAUGCUAAGGAAAGCAUCAUAAUGCUUGUGGCCUCGGCUGGAGAAGUAGAAAAAAUUAAAGGACUGGAUUCUGUCUGCAUCUUGGACUAUUGGUCUGUGGGCCACUCAGGCUGGAUGUUGCCAUUUUAUGGGGACAAUGAUGG